AUGGAGGAGAAGGUCAUGCCGGUGGACGUCCCUGAUGGUGUCUGGGUGCUUGACACCGGCGCCAGCAAUCAUAUGACAGGUAUGCCGUCAGCUCUGACGCAGAUUGAUACAAGUGUUCGAGGAACAGUCAAGUUUGGCGACGGCUCCAGCGUCAGAAUCAGAGGUAUGGGCUCAGUAGUAAUGCAAGAUCGCUUUGAGGGUCAUAAAGUACUUACUGAAGUUUAUUACAUACCUGAGUUAAGAAGCAAUAUUGUCAGUUUGGGACAGUUAGAAGAAAAGGGCUUUAAAUAUGUUGGUGAGAAAGGUAGACUGUGUGUUUAUGAUCAGGAGCAUACUCUGUUGAUUUCUGCACCUAGAGUUGGGAAUAGACUGUAUUUAGCAAAGUUUGGUUUAACACCACCAGUCUGUUUGCUUGCUCAAUCUGAUGACAAGUCAUGGAACUGGCAUGCCAGAUUUGGUCACUUAAAUUUCAGAUCUUUGAGUAAUCUUAGUGACAAGUCUAUGGUAGAAGGGUUGCCUAGCAUCAGAAAGGUAGAUAGAGUUUGUGAUGGGUGUGUUCUUGGAAAACAGCAUAGAAAACCAUUUCCACAAGUGUCAAGUUUCAGAGCUGAAAAGGUUUUAGAUUUGGUCCAUGCAGACUUAUGUGGGCAAAUUACACCUAAGAGCAUAGGAGGUGCUUCCUAUUUUCUGCUAGUGGUUGAUGAUCACAGUAGGUAUAUGUGGGUGGAAAUGCUAAAGACUAAAGAUCAGGCACUGGAGUGUUUCAAAAGGAUAACACUAAGGGCUGAAAAUGAGUCUGGUGGAAAACUGAAAGCCAUCAGGACAGACAGAGGAGACCUCACUGGACAGAAGAUGCAGAAGUUCAGGCUCCUGAUGGAUAGAAAAUCAGCCAUUGAGCUAAGCAAAAAUCCAGUAUACCAUGAAAGGAGUAAACACAUUGACACUCGCUACCAUUACAUCAGGGAGUGUGUGUCUAAUGGAAUUGCAGAGGUGGAUCAUGUCAGCACUGACAGGCAGCUUGCAGACAUCCUGACAAAGCCUCUUGGGAGGAUCAAGUUUUUGGAGAUGCGUCAACUGCUUGGAGUCAGCGACGUCUGUCACGAUUAG